AUGGCGAUCGGUGGGACGGGCGACGGGCGCGACGCGAUGGUGGACGACGGGUACGAUGGGACGCUGGAUGAUUCGGACGUCGUUCGACGGGCGAUGGGGUUUUUGACGGAUGACGAACGCGAGGGGGCGAGCGACGGCGAGGCGGACGCGGAUGGGUUCGCGUUCGCGCGCGACGGACGCGGUGGGGUCGAUCGGAGCGCGGUGGCUGGGUGGGCGACGGAGGGGGGGCGCGUGAACGCGUCGGUGCAGUUUCGGUUGCUCUGCCCGGUGGCGCGCAUCGGGAGAGUGAUCGGGAAGGAGGGACGGGUGAUCAAGGCGCUGCGGGCGGAGACGGGGGCGAGGGUCAAGGUGGCGCCGACGACGCGAGGGGCGGACGAGCGAGUCGUGCUCGUGGCGAGCGGGGAAGAGUUGAUGAUGGAUGACGGCGAUGGGUCGGAUGUGCCGGUGACGACGGCGGAGCGGGCGCUGUUUCGGAUAUUCGACACGGUGGCGAGCGAGUCCGGCGGCGCGCUCGACGGGACGAGAGACGGCACGAGCAGCGAGAGCGGUAGCGGCGUCCCGGAGUCCUCGUCCACGGGAGGAGAACGAUCGAUGAACGGUGGGCGCGCGGUGCCGAUUUGUCGUCUUUUGGUGCCGCGAGCGCAGGUCGGAAGUCUGAUCGGUAAGGGUGGCGCGGUGAUUAGCGCCAUUCGAGCGAGCAGCGGCGCGACCGUGCGCCUGAUGCCGGCGACGAUGCUGCCCACGUGCGCGAGUCGUGGUGACGAGUUGCUGCAAAUCACCGCACCGGUGCGGGACACCGACGGGAACGACGUGGAUCUCGCGUUGGCGAGCGUGAAGAGCGCGCUUCGAAUGGUGGCUAAAAACUUGCGCGAGUACCCGACCAAGAUGGCGACGAGCGAGAGCUUUCGGAGUCCGCUCGAGGCAUUCAUGCUCGGUAUCAAACCAGGCGCGAACGCUGACGGGGAUGGCGGGAACGGUGCCGGAAUCGCCGGUGGAUCGAGCGGCGGUCACAUGUCGACGCGGAUGAACCUAAACGGCGUCUACGUUCCGGGAGGGACGGAGAUCAUGUUUAGGCUCCUCUGUCCUGUAUCGAAGACCGGGAGCGUCAUCGGGCGCAACGGUGAAGUGAUUCAACAAAUUCGGAGCGAAACUGGAGCCAAGGUGAAGGUUUGCGAGCAAAUCAACAACGCCGAGGAGCGCAUCAUUUGCGUCUCGUCCAACGACGACGGCUUGGCCCCAAUGCUCGCUGCGCAGGUCGCUCUAUUCCGAGUCUAUCGAUGCAUCGUCGAUAGCUCUGGAAGUGACGUUCCGCUUCCGUUCCGCUUGCUCGUGCAAACAUCGCAAAUCGGAUGCUUGAUUGGAAAAGGUGGCAGCAUCAUUCGACAAAUCAGAAAUGAAACCGGCGCAACAGUGCGCGUGCUUCCCUCCGAUGCCCUCCCCGCGUGUGCGAACGCGGAUGACGAGCUCUUGGAGAUCGGUCAAUGGCCCGCCGACGCGUGCGCGCUCGGUAUUCGCAUAGUCAGCGGACGACUUCGCGGGAACAUGCGCCACAAAGCGGCGGAGCGACUCAACGUGGAAUCCAACGUCUACUCAGCCUCGAUGACGCCGACGAUGGCCGUCCAGGACACCCCCACGCUUCAACAGAGCGAACUCAUGAUGUACGGCAUGACGGCGUACGAGACGGAGCCCGUGGACACGGCGCUCGCGUCAUUGUCCCUGAGCGCGCCGCCGGUGGAGAUCCCGGGCGUGACCACCGUGAACAGCGUGCACAUGACCAUCUCCUCGCAACACAUCGGCAGCGUGCUCGGACGAGGCGGAUGCAACAUCUCGAUCGCUCGUCAGGUGAGCGGUGCACGAAUUAAGCUCUACCCGGGCGCGUCUGGUCGCAACGGCGCGCGCCGAGCGCAAGACUCCGAGCGCCUCUUGGAGAUUAGCGGAACGAGCGAACAGGUGUCGUCGGCGCAAACCAUCAUCGAGCGAUUCAUCGCGAGUUCGGGUGCGAUGAUCCCCGAGUUUGCAUCGCUCGGAAUCGCCGGCAACUCUGGCGCGCAAGUCUCUGGAGUACCAUCCGCGAAAGCCGCCGCGCGAGACCACGCGACGAUGUUCAUCGUCUCGUGA